AUGGGAAACAGCGGGUCUGCGAAUGGUCAUUUUAUCAAACGCGACGAAUCGUUCGGGUCGCCACGACCCAAACAUACUAUUGAUGUAAGUGGUUUAUUCUUCAUAUUUAUUAUUACGGUGUGUCCAAGCGUAUUUUACAAAAAAAUUUUCAAAAAAUGUGUUUUUCUGACUUAAUUCUAGACUUUUUGUUUAGUUUGUCUGGGAAGUCGAAAAAAGUGUUUGAAACACAAUGCCAAAUUUCUCAAGUUGGCGCGAAAUUCAAAUAUUGAAAAUUUAAAACUUGACAACGCGAGCUAAAAUUUUUUGUGGGUACUACUGGUGGUACAAAGAACUCAUAUAAAAAUUUUGAGCUGAUUCUGAACGGGGCAGGUUGGGUACUUUCUUUAUAAGCUGGGCUCUGGGGCCUUGGGUUUGGUUCGGCUUUCGGGCUCACAUGUUUAGGCUCUGUCCUUUUGUAAAGCAUGAUAGGAUAAGGUAGUGUAGGAAAUUCCAAAUGAAAAAGUCUUAGUAGGCCCAUAUCGAAUCUAGUACGACCCCUUUCAAGUGCUCUAGCUCUAACUUAUUAUAUUAUAAUAGCUGUACUUUAUGUCUCCCUUAGCUUUGCCUUAGCCUAAGCAUGGUUUUACUCACAUCAGGUGCCAACAUAAAGAACCCGAUAUACUUUUACUGUAAUUUUUUGUAAAAAAUGGCGGGUUUUUUAUUUCGGCACCUAAUAUUUUAGUCAUUUUUUAACUCUCCCUUAGUAUGACUGCUGUUUAUCUUUGGCUAGCCUACCUAUUUACCAGCUCUUUUAGUCUAUCUUAGUAUAUCUGAUCAUAAAAGGCUUAAUAUUGUACCAUAACCGUAUUUUACCAACCUCUUUUCCCUUUUUAGAUAGUCAGAUCCGGAAGUGACUUCGGGAGCAAUGACCGCCUGUCCAAUGGUACUCACCGUAGCUUUUCAUUUCACAAAAACAACCGGUCGCAGUCACUGGAACAAAGUGGGACUCAUUCACCAUCAAGUUCACACUCUUCUUCAUCAAAUUCUUAUUUGGGGCAUGACAAAAAUUGCUUGCGGCAAUCGGCACAGCCAAUGUUUCAAAUCAGCGGUGACUUGAAUCCACAGCAAAUUCAUCUGGUCAAACGGACUUGGAAAACGGUCGGUUUUGGGUGUAAAAUACGGGCAGGCUUUCAUCAUAUUUUUAUUUUUUAAAUUUUUUUAAAAAUUUUCAAUAUAGGAAGUUUUUAGCGUUGCGCUAAAAAACCUAAAAAAUUUUAAAAAAUUUUUUGUGCAGGUUGCAUCUAGAAACUAAAUUUUUUUUUAAUUCAAAAAUUUUUUGUAUAGGGCGCAGGCUGCGCUUAAAAACUAAUCAUUUUUUUAAAAUUUUUUGUAUAGGGGCAGGCUGCGUUUAAAAACUAACCAUUUUUUAAAAAUUUUAAAUUUUUUUUUAUAUAGGGCGCAGGCUGCGUUUAAAAACUAAAAAUUUUUUGUAUAGGGCGCAGGCUGCGUUUAAAAACUAAAAAUUUUUUAAAAAUUUUAAUUUUUUUUUAUAUAGGGUGCAGGCUGCGUUUAAAAACUAACCAUUUUUUAAAAAUUUUAAAUUUUUUUUUAUAUAGGGCGCAGGCUGCGUUUAAAAACUAACCAUUUUUUAAAAAUUUUAAAUUUUUUUUUAUAUAGGGUGCAGGCUGCGUUUAAAAACUAACCAUUUUUUAAAAAUUUUAAAAUUUUUUUUUAUAUAGGGCGCAGGCUGCGUUUAAAAACUAAAAAUUUUUUGUAUAGGGCGCAGGCUGCGUUUAAAAACUAAAAAUUUUUUAAAAAAUUUUAAUUUUUUUUUAUAUAGGGUGCAGGCUGCGUUUAAAAAACUAAAAAUUUUUUAAAAAUUUUUUGUAUAGGGCGCAGGUUGCGUUUAAAAACUAACCAUUUUUUAAAAAUUUUAAAUUUUUUUUAAAUUUUUUAAAUUUGUUUGUAUAGGGCACAGGCUGCGAUUAAAAACUCACCAUUUUUUAAAAAUUUUUUUUAUAAGGCGCAGGCUGCGUUUAAAAACUAAUCAUUUUUUAAAAAUUUUAAAUUUUUUUUAUAUAGGGCGCAGGCUGCGCUUAAAAACUAACAAAUUUUUAAAAAUUAUAUUAUUGUAGAUAAUGAAAACCAUCAACGAUGAUGAACAAGAAAUAGCCGUCCGAUUACUAUUACGUAUAUUCCAAAUUGAGCCAAGGAAUGUGGCUUUAUUCGGGCUACCACCAGAUAUACAGCCAAGUGAAUUGAGACACAAUGCCACGUUUUUGAGGCAUGUCAAGGUAAGUCUUUAAAAUUUUUUUUUGCUGACUAUUUUAUAGGCCUUUGAGCCAACGUUGAUUCACGUGAUGGCUCAUCCAGGAAACGCGACAAGCUUGAGCAAAUACCUUCAACAGCUGGGUGGAAGGCAUGUUCAGAACACUGGAAUCACCUACAAAAGCACUUAUUGGAAAGUAGGUUGCCUUCCCUUGCCUUGCCUUUGCCUUGCCUUGCCUUGCCUUGCCUCACUUUGUUUUACCCUAUGUUGUUUUACUCUACCCUGCUAUACUUUUUUCUGCCUUCUACUUUAUCUUACCUUCCCUUACCAUGUCCUACCCCACAAAAAACUAUAUUACCCUUUCCAGACCUUCAUGCAAGCCCUGGUAGACGUAGUAGACGCCGGGAAAAUCUCCGCCGACGCGUACGAAGCUUUCAUGGUGUUGGGCGCGUUUUGUGUUGAACAGAUGAGAAUUGGCUACAAGAUUGAAUACAAACUUCAACGUGAAGCCGAGCGAAUAGCCAAGGUUCAGUUGAACAAGAGGGCACACUCGGUGCAGGGUCAUCAUCAUCGACAUAAGGCUUCUAGAUGA